CGGCCCUCUAUUUCAAUUAGGGUUAAUCACGUGCUCUUCUUCUUCGGCUCCUCAGAACCAGUGUUCUCUUUCAACUUCUCUUUAGAGGCAGUUACUGAAUCAUCAUCUCAAAACCCUCCAUUAACCUGAAGUCUAUUCAAUGCGAUUUGUUAUUAUGUAAGGCGGUGGAGGUUGAUCUAUAUAAAGGCGACAACGAACUCAUGGAAGUCGAUAUGUUGCUGCUUGAUUCCCAGUAGACAUGCUUCUACUUGAGGUUAGGGGAGCUAUGCUUGCUCUGGUUCAUGUCUCCUCUUCUGAUCCUCUGCCUCGCCUUGGUAUCAAAAACAAACCAAUUGAAACAUCAUUUGUGAAAUAUAUACUUCAACAGUACACUGAUGCUUCCGAUGGACAGAAGUUUCAAAACUCUAUAAAAAAUGCUUAUGCCAUGGGAAAGCUCAAUAUGAUCACUUCUGAGCUUCAGACCACGACAAGAACUAUAACCGGAACCAGUCCAAUGCUGAGAAUGUAGGUUUCAAUCUGUGGCAGGUGAAUCCAAACAUAGAUAUUAACAGUUUUGUAAUGUUCUCUUCUUCUAUUUGAAUCAUUUGAUUUUAUGUUUUUGCUUAUGCAUGAUAUAACUUUUGAGUUGAUAUAGUGGGACCUUUGUUGCAAGUUAACAAAAAUUCUGAGAAAGAUAUUACUUUUAAA